GCUCAGGAAGAGAUUUCAUUCCUAGGAAGAGGUCAGAAUUGCCAGCAAGAGCCCCUGGAAAGACACAAAAAAUGAUAUGUACACAUGUGAUGAAAGAUAACCCUAACCAUAAUAAAGGUAAGGUUAGGUUUACAUUCAAUGUCUGGAGGGGGGUCAUACCCUAUAAAAAGCAGUCCCAUCCUUCCCCAGGCCCUCACACCUCUCCCUCAAACCACCACCAUCGAAAAAUCUCACCAUACCACGCCCCCUCUCCUACAUCCACACAUUCAACCAGAGCCUCUCUGUUCAUCUGUAAGCCUUUCUUCUGGCAUUACCUCCAUGAAGGAGUAUUCACCGCGAGAUGAAGAACGAUGCAUGUCCAACGACGAGACGUGGCAGCGAUGACAACGCAGCAGAGUAUGGAGUCGCCAGAACCGUAUUCGCUACCACCAACGGCGUUCUACACCCUGUCGAGAGCGUCUCGCGUUAUUCCUGUCUAUAGCAACGCGCAUCUAACCACGCCGGUCCAUGUUCACCGCCAUUAUGUAUCCAGUCCCGGGGCGUCAUAUCCGCGAUCUGUACGCGAAUAUAUUGCGCCGCCCUCGCCGACCAUCCUCAGUAAACCGCGCCAUCGUCACAUCCCGCUGCCAUCUCAAAUAGAAAGCGAUAUCCCGACAGUGGUCCAUCCACUGUUGCGCCCGAGCCGAGGGGAGAUGGUGAUGGAGCUCGACUUCGCUCACAGCCUGACGAGUGUACGCGUUCUUGGUUAUGAGGGCUGCGUGAAUGAGGCGGCGACCAACCCGCCUCUUCCGUCACUGGCCAUCAUCCACCAAAAGCUUCCAUGGCCCAUAGUCAUACGGAGGUCGGGCGAUCGAGAAUGGGUCACGGUCGCCGAUGUUGUUGAGACGAUAUGGUAUGCUCUGCACAUACGCGACACCCUGCAGACGUCAACAUCGUCACCUUUCCUGGAAAGUCAUGACGAUGCGCCUUUUGACGGUCGUCGAAGUAUGCGAGGCUGCGACCAACGAGAAGUGGUCCAGCGGCCCAGACUGAUGUACUUGAGGGGAAAGACACAAUUUAUAGGACUCCGCGCCAUAGGAGGCGACACCUGGGAACUACUUGUUGCAUAGGGGGCGUAGGUCGCGCCUAUGCGGCCGUUGGGAUAUCAUUUUUGGAGCAAGAGCUGGAGACUCAUAUAUAAUCUUUUUGGCCUAGUCUGGGUGCCAGUGCAUAAAAGGGUGACAACCAUCGAGAGCAACACUGCUCAGCUAUCGGCUACGAUGACCCUUAACCCUAGGGAAAAUUAGGGUUAGGGUUACACUCCCA